AUGCAUCAAUGGAAUGAUGUCUACCAACAACUUUCUCUUGCUCAAGCUAAUCUUGAUUAUAUUAUAAAAACACCUGAAAAUGUUAAAAAAGCUGAUGAAUUAAUGGGACAAGAAAAACUUUUACAAGCUCAUCAACUUAUAAUGGAAAUUGAAAAUUCUCGAAAUUAUCUUUUAUUUGAAUUACAUAAAGUACAAGAAAAAGAUUCACAACCUGAUGAUAUACAAUUAAUUACAAAUUAUUUUGCUGAUUAUGAAAGACUUGUGGCACAUUUACGACAAUUAAUUGCAGUUCGAAUUUCACGUUGGUAUGAUUGUGCAAUAAGUGCACCAGAAAAACUUGUUACUGGAUUAAGAAUUAUUGAACGAGAAGAACAAGUUGAUCGAUUUUGGAUGGAUAAAAGAGAAUUAACUGGAUUUAGUCCACCUGAUCGACCAAGACAAUGGAAAAAACUUUGUUUUGAAUUGUUAAGAAAAAGUGUUAAAGAUCGUAUUGAGGGAAAUCAAUUAGAAACACGAGAGGAACAUAAAUAUUGGUUAACACGUCAUUUAGAAAUGUGUCGACAAAUAAUUUUAAGAGAUUUUCGAGUUAUUACAAAAACUUGCCUUCGUUGUUUUCCAAAACAAUAUGAUAUUGUCAAUCGUUUUCUUGAUUACUAUCAUAAUUGUCUUAAAGAACAUUUAAUUGAAAUAUGUGAUCCAAAACGACGUACUGAAGGUGAUACAUUGACAACAGCUGAAGUUUAUACUAUAGUGACAUUUGUUCGUGAUUAUCAAGGUGCUGAAUGUUUGGGUCAUCCUGAAUUGAAAUUAGAUCUUAGUCAAUUAUCUCCAUUACUUGAAAAAGAUAUGCUUGCUGCUGUAACUGAUGUAUUUAUCAAUGAAAGAAAGCAAAAAUUUAGUGAAUGGAUACCAAAUAUUAUAUCAUCGGAAGUCAAGGAUUGGUAUGCAUUAAAAGAAGUUGAAUUAACAUCUGAACAUUAUUAUGCUACAACAAUGCCACGUAUGUUAAUAAAUAUGAUUAUAGAAACACUUGAUAUGUCUAAACAAAUGUCUGAUGAAACAUGUCAAUUAAUUCUUGGUAUGAUAUUACAGAAAAUAAAUGAAUUUCAUGAUUUAUAUGUUAAUGAAAUAAACAAUUAUUCUAAACGAUAUUUUGCUGAUCGACAAUCAUUUAAAGAAAAUUUUACAAAACAAAUGGUAGCAAAUGCAAAUAAUUGUGAAUCAAUACCAAAUUUUGUACUUAUUGUACGAAAAAAAUAUGAUCGCGAUGAUCUUGAUGAUUUAUCACGUUCAUCACAACAACAACUUGAUCGUUAUGAAAGUAUGGGAAAAAAAUUUGAACGUGCAGCUGAAUAUUGUUGUAAUAAAAUAUUAGAAGAAAUUGAAAUGGAUACAGUAAAAUUUCUUAAACUACUUUUUACACGUGAUUGGUUUGGUCCAACAGCUAAACAAUGUUGUGGUACAAUUAUUGAAACAUCACGUGAUUAUUGGAGUUCAGAAUUAACACAUUUAAAAAAACCCUUAUUAGCUUAUACUUUUUAUACAUGGCAUAAACGGAUAAUAGCUCAUUAUUUACGAAACUUAUUUUCACGUAAUACAUCUAUUAAAUUUGCUACGCCAACUGAACGACGUACAUGUGCGGAUCAAUUACGUCGAGAAUCAUCUCAACUUGAUAAAGAAUUUCAAUCAUGGGAUGGUACAUCAGCUGAAAAUGCAACUGAAUAUCAUUUUAAUAUAUUAAGUAAUAUAGCUGAUGUACUUGAACAAACAGAUUUAGAUUCUAUUGUACUUGAAAUAGCAACAUUAGCAAAAAAAUAUCCAAGUUUAAAUAUGGAUCAAGUUACACAAGUUUUAUUAUUACGUGGAGAUUUAACAAAACAAGAAGCAAAAGAUAAAGCUGAUGCUGCAUUAGCAAAUAUGCCACGUGUUAAUCAAGGUAUUCUAUUUGAAAUUAUGGAAAUUGUUAAUCAAAUAAAUUGA